AUGGGGCGAUCAUGGUGCAAAACUUGGAAAUACAUAGUUCACGUCAUCUGCAUAAUAAUAACAGCUCAUUGCAUCAACGAGAGAUUGAACUAUAAAAAAUAUAUAAAAUUCGAACGUCACUUAACUGACAUAAAGCAUAUUCUUAUUUGGACCGAUCUUCCAGGGGUCAGGCAACAAGGCCAAACGCAUUUCAUCAAAAAAAAGUGCAGCAAAGUCAAUUGUUAUUUCACUAAAAAUAGAACCUUGUUCGGUGAUGUCAGGUAUUUUGAUGCUAUUGUUUUUAACGCUGGUGAUUUAGAAAAGGGUGAAAAAGUGGAUAUACCGAGUGAAAGAGGUGUAAAUCAGGUGUAUAUUUUCGCUUCCAACGCCUCUGCUGAUAAGAACUACGUUUGUAACCCUAUAUAUGACGGCUUUUUUAAUUGGACUUGGACGUACAGGCACAACUCCACAAUACCCUACAGAUUCAUAUCAAUAUACAACAACCGGUCAGAAGAGCUCGGCUCUCAUUUCCCAUGGCCUCUUCACACAGAACCUAUCGACCCUGCCAUUAAAUCUCUUUUCUCAACCAAGUCCAAGGGCGCAGCGGCCAUUAUAGACGAAUGCAAAUCUACUUACAAACGAGAAGACUUCAUAUACAAACUACAGAAAGCAAUGGCCGAAUAUAACCUCACUUUAGAUGUCUUUGGCAAUUGUGGCACGAAACAGUGUAGGAGAAGGUCAUUUGGAGCAUGUAAUUGGAGGUUGAAGAAUCAGUACUUCUUCUAUUUGGCGCUGGAAGACUCGAUAGACCAUGAUUUUGUUACUCAUGCUGUCUUGAGGGCGUAUAAGAAUAAUGUUGUGCCAGUGGUCUAUGGUGGAGCGAAUUAUAACCAUUACUUACCACCUCGGUCCUACAUCGACGCAGUAAAACUAGGUAUCUCAGAAACCGCUAAGAAAAUGUACGAAAGCAUCCUAAACAGAGAACAAUACUACGAAUUCUUCAAAUGGAGGAACCACUACCAAGUCCGUGCUUCUACCCCCCUUGAUGCCUGUGCUCUGUGUAAGAAGUUCGCGGAACUGCGGUUGAUGGGAAGAACAAGUUAUGACAUGAUUAGAAAAUGGUGGUUGCCAAAGUAUGCUGAACGGUGUUGGAUAGAUUCUGUGAACAGGGAAACACCUGAUACCAUGGUUUGA